AUCAAAUAGAGAGUUAGAAGAAAGAGAGUAUUGCUAACGCUCGUCAAAUAUUUUUAUCAAUACAUUCUUUUAAAAUAACAGUAGAGUAGAGUCCUUUGUUAACUCUCAUCUCAUUUUCAACUUUACCUUCCUAUUUUUUUCUCCUUUUGUCAAGACAUAUCUCUCAUUUCUGUUUAGCUGGAAUUGUCAUUGUCACUGUCUCACUGAUCACCUUCUUCGUACACUGUCCCCUGUUACUCUUCGGUUCGGAUCGGAUCGGAUCGGAUCUUGUUCAAUCGGGUCGGAUCUUGUUCCGAGCGAUGGCCGCGCUGAAAGCCAGUAACUUUCUAUUCAGACGACCCGCUUUACCCUUCUUCCGCUCCAUCACCACCAAUAUCAACAGCAGAAGGCCAUCAAUUGAGGACGUAAGGAGUCUGAGAUUGAUAACUGCCGUUAAGACGCCAUACUUACCUAAUGGCCGAUUCGAUCUUGAAACAUAUGAUAACUUGGUGAACAUGCAGAUUGCAAAUGGCAUUAAAGCUAUUCUUGUUGCUGGAUCAACUGGUGAAGGCCAAUUAAUGACCUGGGAUGACCAAAUAAUGCUCAUUGCACACACAAUCAACUGUUUUGGUGAUAAAGUUAAGGUUAUUGGCAACGGCGGAAGCAACUGCACAUCAGAAGCAAUUAAUGCCACGGAGCGGGGUUUCGCUGCUGGAAUGGAUGCUGCCCUUCAUAUAAGCCCUUACUACGGCAAAACCUCCUUGGAUGGUUUGGUUGCUCACUACAAUGCUGUGCUUUCCAUAGGCCCUGUCAUCAUUUAUAAUAUACCCCAAAGGACUACUCAAGAUAUUCCUCCUAGUAUAAUUGAAACUCUGGCUCAAAAUCCUAACUUGGUUGGUGUGAAGGAGUGUGCGGGAAAUGACAGGAUCAAACAGUAUACAGAUAAAGGACUUGUUGUGUGGACUGGGAUUGAUAAAGAAAGCCAUGAUGCGAGAUGGGAUUGCGGCGCUGUUGGAGUUCAAUCUGUUGCUGCUAACCUGAUUCCCGGUUUGAUCCGCGAACUCAUGUUUGAAGGAAAGAAUCCUACACUGAAUUCUAAGCUCAAGCCUUUGUUUGAGUGGAUUUCCCAGGAGCCUGUACCAAUUGCUUUGAACACUGCUCUUGCCCAACUUGGGGUUAUCAAGCCAGUUUUCAGGCUUCCACAUGUACCCCUGCGAAUGGAAAAAAGGGCAGACUUUGUCAAGUUGGUAAACGAAAUCGGCCGAGAGCAUUUUGUUGGAGAGAAAGAUGUUCAAGUUCUUGAUGAUGAUGACUUUAUCAUAGUUGCUCGGUAUUAAUUUAGCAGCAAUGCUAUAUGUUACGAAGAAAAAUGCAAGAAAUGCUGAGAUGGUAAAGUAAACUGUGCUAUUUGAUGGAAAUCAUGGAGGAUAGUGAGAGUUAACUUCCAGCAGUUUCCUUAAUUUAGAUUUCCUUCUUGAAGCAUUACUUAGAGUUACUCUUUCUAUUGGGUAUUAUAUCCAUUCAAAGGGUUGCCAAAGUGCAAAAACCAGAUCUAGUCAGUGCAUGUAUGGAAAUGCUUUUAAAAAUUGAUUCUAAAGGUAAAAUCAAUUCUGCGAAGAAACUUCUGGAAGUGAUUUUCUCAGUGUCGGAAUUGAUUUUGAGAAGAAAAAAAAGUUGAUUCAAACUUGCUAAUAAUUAAGCCAAUAGUUUGGUUUCUUUUCAAUCACUGUUUGUAGGUGGAAACUGGUUCAACUUAGUUCCAUAAAAGAUCUGCACAUAAAUAAUAUGCAUUUUGCUUGAACCUUUUUUUAACCUUUUCACUUAAAAUUCCCAUUGUACCUAUGGUACUCAAGCUUGGUAGUUUCGAGACGUAAUGCGAGGUUAGCUCAUUACUUCUUACAAAACAAAGGUUGGUUCUUAAUUCAUGCCAUCAUAUUAUCCCACUUUAUAAAUCGUACACAACUUCAAAUAUUUUUCACUAAAACCGUGCAAUGCGUGGGUCCAAAUCUAAUUAAUAUCUUAUAUUACAGGGAACAUAAACAUAUUUAAGCAUUUUUAAAAGUGAAUUCAUUGAGAGUGAUGACAAACUUAAUAGUAUUAUGAGUUAUGUGAUUAUAAACGAUGUUGACCCAUAAUAAGGAAAGACUUAAUUCACCAUUUUUUAAGGGGUAUCUAAACCCAUAUACAUCAAGUUUAAAACUUCAAAACUUGGAAAGUUACUCAAGCAUAGAGAUGGAUUCAACAACCAUUCAUUAAAAGAAGAUUUAAAAUCUUUAAUUUUAGCUCUAAGCCAAUUCCAAGAGCUAAUUUGAAUCCAUAGGUAGCCCAGGUGAUAAGCCCCUCCAUUUGUAUUAUGACAUCCAAACCAUCCAAGAAAACAUGCAACUGAAAAACAGACGAGAAGAUGUUUCUUCAGCCAUAGAACAGAAUGGACAGAGUGCUUCCUCUUCAGUUGAUAAAUCCGUGAAAGCCGCCACUAAAAGGCGUGUGUCAAUUGGAUGUUGCACUGUGUUGCUGGGUCCAAAAAACAUUCUCCUUUAUUUAUUAGCGUGCAGCCAAAGUUGUUAUUGUCACUGAUCACUUUCUUCAUACACUGUUCACUGUUCCUCUUCCUUUGACCUUUCAUUUCCCUUCUUCUAACUCAUUCAAAGCCAAGUCUUCAAUCAGGUAAGAUCUUGUUCUGAGCAAUGACCAUGUUGAAAGGCGAUUGCAGUAGCUUUUUGUUGAGACAACCUGGUUCACACUUCUUCAGCUCCAUCACCAGCAAUAUCAACAGGAGG